AGAGUCGUCGGGGCCAUGGAGGAGGAGAUCGUGUCCGAGAAGCAGGCGGAGGCGAGCCACCGGCAAGACAGCGCCAACCUGCUCAUCUUUAUCUUGCUCCUCACCCUCACAAUCCUCACCAUAUGGCUCUUCAAGCACCGAAGGGCCCGUUUCCUUCACGAGACUGGCCUGGCCAUGAUCUACGGACUUUUGGUGGGCUUGGUGCUUCGCUAUGGUGUUCACGUUCCCAGUGAUGUUAAUAAUGUGACAUUAAGCUGUCAAAUGCAGACUAGUCCGGCUACCUUAUUAGUGAAUGUUAGUGGGAAAUUUUAUGAAUAUACACUGAAAGGAGAGAUCAGUUCACAUGAACUCAAUAAUGUUCAAGAUAAUGAAAUGCUUAGGAAGGUAACUUUUGAUCCCGAAGUAUUUUUCAAUAUAUUACUUCCUCCAAUUAUAUUUUAUGCAGGAUACAGUCUGAAACGGAGACACUUCUUCCGAAACCUUGGAUCGAUCCUAGCAUAUGCUUUUCUUGGGACAGCCAUUUCUUGUUUCGUGAUAGGGUCAAUUAUGUAUGGCUGUGUAACCCUGAUGAAAGUAACAGGACAGCUUGGUGGCGACUUUUACUUCACUGACUGCUUGUUAUUUGGUGCCAUCGUGUCAGCAACUGAUCCAGUGACUGUUCUUGCCAUAUUCCAUGAACUUCAAGUUGAUGUUGAACUCUAUGCGCUUCUCUUCGGGGAGAGUGUCCUUAACGAUGCUGUUGCUAUAGUGCUGUCUUCUUCCAUCGUGGCAUACCAGCCAGCUGGAGACAAUAGCCACACAUUUGACGUGACAGCCAUGUUUAAGUCUAUUGGAAUCUUCCUGGGGAUAUUCAGUGGUUCUUUUGCCAUGGGAGCUGCCACUGGAGUGGUCACAGCUUUAGUGACGAAGUUCACAAAACUCCGAGAGUUUCACUUGCUGGAAACGGGCCUGUUCUUCUUGAUGUCCUGGAGUACUUUCCUUCUGGCCGAAGCAUGGGGUUUCACUGGUGUAGUCGCUGUCUUGUUUUGUGGCAUCACACAAGCGCACUACACAUACAAUAACUUGUCUCCUGAUUCUCAGCAUAGAACAAAGCAGUUGUUUGAGCUUCUCAAUUUCUUGGCGGAAAAUUUUAUCUUCUCAUACAUGGGAUUGACACUCUUCACUUUCCAGAACCAUGUCUUUAACCCGACCUUCGUGGUGGGUGCUUUUCUUGCCAUUUUCUUGGGAAGAGCUGCCAAUAUUUAUCCCCUGUCCUUUUUACUCAAUUUGGGUAGAAGAAAUAAGAUUGGAUCCAAUUUCCAACAUAUGAUGAUGUUUGCUGGCCUUCGUGGCGCGAUGGCCUUUGCCUUGGCCAUUCGAGACACUGCCACCUAUGCCAGGCAGAUGAUGUUCAGCACGACCCUCCUGAUUGUGUUUUUUACCGUGUGGGUGUUUGGUGGGGGCACCACAGCCAUGUUGUCUUGUCUGAACAUCCGUGUUGGAGUUGAUUCAGAUCAGGACCAUCUGGGCUUCCCAGAGAGUGAAAGGAGGAACACCAAAGCCGAGAGCGCUUGGCUCUUCAGGAUGUGGUACAACUUUGACCAUAACUAUCUGAAGCCUCUCCUGACCCACAGCGGACCUCCUCUUACUUCGACACUCCCUAGUUUCUGUGGACCCCUGGCGAGAUGUCUGACGAGCCCCCAGGCUUAUGAAAAUCAGGAACAACUGAAAGAUGAUGAUUCUGACCUUAUCUUGAACGAUGGUGACAUUAGCUUGACAUAUGGUGAUUCUACUGUUAGCACUGACUCCAUGGCGGCCAGCGCUCCUAGGAGGCUUAUGGGAAAUACCUCUGAAGAUGUCCUGGAUCGAGAGCUGGCAUUUGGAGACCACGAACUUGUGAUUCGUGGGACCCGCCUGGUUCUUCCCAUGGAUGAUUCCGAGCCCCCAUUAAAUAUGUUAGAUACUACAAGGCAUGGGCCAGCUUAACUUGUCUGUUGCUCACUAACCUGACUGUAAAAUUUGCAUACGCAAUUGUGAAGAAAUGUGUACUACCUACCAAGUCCAAUGCAUGUAUCUGACCGUUUCAGCUGUAUGAAUUGUUUAUAUGGCAUAGCAAGAAUAUAUGUAUUUUGUACAGAGCAAAUUGUGAACAAGCAGUUCUUUGAUUUAAAAAAAAAAAUCCCCUGUUACCUGCACUUUGUGGAGUGGCGUUGUUUCCAGCCUCCUGCCUAGUGAUAGCGUGGGUCCUGCCACCUUUUUCAACUCAGUACAAAAAGAGGCCAGGUUCCUUAUUCUUCUAGUUACUUGACACUUUAUCAAAAUACCAAAUUAUCAGGGUGUAGUUUUAGUUUGAGUUGGGGGGGAGAGGGUGAUCUUUUUUCCCAGAGGAGUCCAAUGGCAGAGUCUAGUUGAGAUAUGGGAUUUCAGUGACA